AUGUCCGUGACCGCAAGCAACAUCACGAACCUGCUAAUGAGCCUGAACGCCCCUCCCGUCCGUUCUUCCACGUCGCCGCAUACUUCCGCUCCCCUUCCUGCCGAGCGAGACUGCGAGCGCGACUUCGGCAGCUUUGGCGAUUACGACGAUACGGGUUUGUGGAACCGCGGUCGCCGUCUCAAGCACAUACUCUGCCAGCCCGAACGCGAGCAGCACAUGGGGUCCCUCCUCUGGCUGUGUCCCUCCUCCAGCUCUCCGUUCUGGUCGUCGCAAGCUCGCGGAGGCCCGAAACCAUGCUAUGGCGGACCCAGCAGCAGUACCGGGGACAAGAUAUCUGAGCGCGGGAUCUCGCAGUCCAGCACGCGGAGCGGUCGGCCGCUGGUGUCGAGAGCGAGUUCGAUGGCCACCAGCAAUUUGCGCAGCUCGAUGUUGAGCGCUGGCACGUCGACCUGGGCGUUCACGCGCUACAGCAACAACAGUCCGCUCGGUUUUGACGGCGGCGACGAGCGUGUCGUCGCAGAGCUGGCACAGCCAAGGCAGCAAGGUAUCCCAGGAUCCUGCCCAUGCCCCGAUGCCUGCGAACGUCAAGUACCUGUUUCGGACUUCGCAGCAUCGGAGCUUGAUUCUAUGAGCAACGACGAGAUCAUUGAACUCAUCGGGUCUCGUCGCACUGGGACCCUCAGCGCUGAGGCCGGUGUCGACCUGGGCGACAACCACAUAUUGCCGCUCACCGACACAACCGUUGCGAAGCGGAUAUGGGACGACCACGAUAUGUUCGUGUCCGAGGCGCUCACGUACGAUCUUGUCUUCCAUCACACAACCAUCCCUGUCCCACGCGUUCGUCGUGUCAUCCGGUACGAUUCAGGCGAGUAUUCCGUCUUCGUCAUGGAUCGUAUCUCUGGCCAACAGCUUGCCCAAGUCCGGCCUUCGCUGUCUAUCUGGGGAAAACUUCGCGUCGCCUUCACCUUGCGCAGUUACAUUCAGCAGUUACGCGCCAUUAGGCACCCACGUUCCGUCGUCCCCGGCCCGUCGCUCCUGACGCCAAGGCCUUAA